AUGGGGUGUGUUGCCUCCAAGUUAGAGGCAGAAGAGGAAGUAGUGUCCAUUUGUAGGGAGAGAAAAAGCUUGCUAAAAUCAGCUGUAGAGAGAAGAUAUGCCCUCGCAGAUGCACAUUGUAGAUACUGUCAAGCACUCUAUGGAGUAUCAGCAGCUAUAAGGCUAUUCGUUGCUCGCCAUUCUUCAGCUUCUUCACCAUUUCUCAUCACCUUCCCACCACCUUGUCCACCAUCUCCACCCAAAGAAAAUGUGGUUUCAAACCCAUUGUUCCUUCAACAAACACGAACCGAACCAACCCAGGAAGCCAUUGGCUGUGAAUCAUGCGAUUCUUCAACAACUUCAGAGUCUUCUCAUGAAGAAAGAGAAGAAAAAGUAGACAGAGAGGAGCAGGUUUGUGGGUAUUUUUAUAUGGAAAUGCCUCCACCAUUGCCAUCGCCACAGAGAGAUUUUGGGUGGGAUUUUUUUAACCCUUUUAUUGAUGGAAGGCCAGAGAUAAUAAGCGGGUACAAUAGGAACUCAGAUGAUGAUUUAAGGGUUGUAAGAGAACAGGAAGGAAUUCCAGAGUUAGAAGAAGAAGAAGAAGAAAAAGAAGAAGGGGACAAGAUCAAGGAAGAAAAUAAGGUUUUGGCUGAAGAAAAAGAGAAUGUGGAGCAUGAAGAGAAUGAGGUUGAAGUGGUUAUGGCAGUGGAUGGUGCUAAUCUGAGCCGAAGGGAACAGAAGGGUUUAACAGUUAUAGAUAUACCAAUAAGAGGGAGGGAAUUGUUGGAAGCACUUACAGAUAUUGAGGACCAUUUCAUUAGGGCUUAUGAUUCUGGCAAGGAUGUAUCCAGGAUGUUAGAGGCUAAUAGGGUUCAUUUGCAAUCAGGUUUGGAAGAAAUAAAAGGUUGA